CUGUUACGAGACUGAAUCCGCAAGUGGCCAGUGGUAAAAGGAAAGGCAAAAAGUGACGCCGGGCAUAAAGAAACGUGAGAGAUAGUGUUUUAAACGUCGCGGCAAAUCCUCCCCACUUCUACGAAAGACGCAUGUACGGUGAAACGCAACGUUCGAUCGGGCCUGUAGUGUGACGUGCGUACGCGAUGUUGAAUGAGUGAUGUAAUCCAAACACAAAUAUUACCUAUCAACGAAUAGGUUGAUUACGGCGCGACUCCUUCGUAGAAGCGACAGUUCGGUCUAUCGUUCAAGAGAUACACACUUACCUAGUAUCGUGUUAACGUUUCCUCGAGAACAGCAAGGAGUUAUUGUAGCGGAGAAUUUGGUGUCCUUUGUGCAGACAGGACAGAGUGCGUGCUUCGUUCCUUAGACUUUAUUACAAAGUUAGAAAAUUAUGGCGGAAGAUUGCACCGACGCCGAUUAUGUCGGAGACUAUAGACGUUUUUUCGUCGAACUGAUCGACUGGCUGAAUUCGUACGUUGAGAACCGGGUGAACUUUUACAACGUGACCGAUGCUGAGAUCGUUGGUGAGAUCAUCAACGUGACUCUACAGUACCUCGAUCCGACGCCAUGUCCAGCAAGCUUGCAAGGACCAUUGGUUUAUCAAGUAGUACAAGAAGUAAAAUCCAUGUGCGAAGAACAACGGGAAGAAUAUGGAUAUAAAUAUUACCUGAAAGCGUACAACUCGGUGAAAUUAAUGCGAGCCAUUACCGAUAAACUUAUUGAAAUAUGUACUCGCUACAUGAACUGUCGUGGAUUGGUACAUAGAUUACCACCGCCUCCUUCGACGCCGUUGCCACAAGUAAUAGCAUGUAGAAAUAGGAAUUGUAGAAGAACGAUGGAGGACCGUUUUGUCGUUAUACAUGAUUUACACGCUAUGUUCGGUAUUCAGGACGAUUCUGUAGCAAAUUACUAUGCAGUAUUCGAUGGACACGGAGGGCAAGAUGCAGCCGUAUAUAGUGCUAUUUAUCUUCAUCAAUAUUUAGUGGAAAGUAUAUAUUAUCCUACAGAUCCAGAGCGUGCCUUACGCGAAGCUUUUACUACUACGGACGCACAGUUUAUAGAAAAGUUUAACAGACAAAAACUAUCUGGUGGUACUACUGCAGUUUGCACCUUAUUAUUAAAUAAAAAAUUAUACGUUGCCUGGGUAGGAGAUUCCUCGGCUAUACUAAUAAAGCGCGACAGCGUCGUUCAAUUAGUAAAUCCUCAUCGACUUAAUCGUAAAGACGAAGUGCAAAGGAUACAAAAAAUGGGAGGAGUAGUGAUGGAGUGUAUGGGAGACUUGCGAGUUAACGGAGCAUUAAGUGUCUCGAGGGCUAUAGGCGACAUCCAAUACAAACCGUUCGUAACGGCCGAACCGGAAAUCAAAUGCAUUCCUUUGGACGGCACAGAAGACUUCCUUGUUCUUGCCUCUGACGGACUGACGGAUUACUUGAGCCCUUCGAAAUUGCUGACCCUUCUCUACCACGAAGUACGAGAUCCAAGCGGAUUGAAGCGGGUGCUGCAGUGGGCGAAGCACGAAGGCUCCACGGACAACAUCACCUUGGUCGUGGCACUGUUAACUCCAGCCAACGAGAUCGCAGCCAGGCCGCAAAACGCCCAUCCGUUCCAGUGCAUGCAAACGAAUGAUAUACUCGAGAACAUGAAUUCCAAAGACAAACCGCUGUUCCUGGACAUGGACGACGAUGAUGUCGCGAUCAACUUGAGCUUCCUCAAGCAGGCGAUACUGUCGCAGAAACCUAGGGACCACGAGGACGAGGGUAUCGUGGCGGCCAGCAAUGGUAAACACGAGAACGGCGGCGCGGAGUACGAUUACUCGGAUCUGGGCCCGGAGACAGACGUAGACGCCGCCGACGAGGUAGCCACGAUGCCCGUCAAGAACCUGUCCUACGAAUUUAACAAAGACGACGACUCGAGCCACGACGAGGACCAACCCGACAUAGAUUCGAAUAUUCUUGACAACGUUCGUACGGACGAGAUGGAAGUGAACGUGAAAAGGCAAACGGACGCCGAGAAUAAUUUGCAAGAAGACGACGACGACGACGAUGACGAGGAUAACGAGGACAACGACAACGAUAACGAUAACGAUAACGAUAAAGUUCUCGGUAUGUUCGGGCCGUUGAAAGUGGCCCAGGACGUGGUUCCCGAACGAAUUCGUGAAUUGAACGUCGAUGGAACGGACGAGGAGAUUCGAAAACGUAUUGACGAAGACUCGCUGACCACUGACGAUAAUCGAGCGAACAACGAGCAAGACACCGUCGACGACGCUGGCCCCGUGGACUAUGACGAUUCACCGCCCUCGCCGCAAGCAAACAAACCUCUUCAGCAUGCACUGAUCUCUGAAGCGGAUAAUGUAGCGGACAGCGAGGAUUCGGAAGACGAGUGGAACUACUAUCGUGUCGAUCCAAACAAGGAAAAAGACUCCACCGCUCCUGUCGACAAACCGCAAGACGCGAGAAACGAAGAAAAAACCGAAAGUCCCGAACUUUCCGUCGAAGACAACGAGUUGAAAAUCCAGUCAGAGGACAUUGGGGAGGGUAUUAAAUGCGAAAGUCCGAAAAAAGAACCGUCUGAGCUUUUUAACAUAGAGAUUAGCGCAGAGAGCAGAACGGUAGAAGAACACCAAGAAACGGAUCCUUUCGCCGAAGAGCAAGAAGAACAAUCGAAAGACAUGGAUUUUCAAUUAAACCCGGAUGCGGCCGAGUUCGUUCCAGUUUCGCCUCAAUUCGUGGGACCGAGACUGACCAUCGCCGACGACUUUCCUAUUUCCGGUUCUCCAUUGAAACAAGUAUCUCAAAUGGAUGACAUACAAGUGCCCAGCCAGAGCGAAUUCGACAAGGAGAUCUGUCAGCGACCGAGAGAGGUCGAAAACGAAGAGAAGGGUUAUCAAAACGGCGUGAACGCGCAGUCGAUCGACGACGCGGACUACAUGGCCGAUCGAUCGAAAGCUCCCGGUUUCUGCAUGAACCUGGACGACUCCGAGAUCUCGUCGAUGAAGGCGGAAUUCGGCGACGAGUCGUCGACCAGCUUCUUGACGAGCACCACCGACCUGCACAGGACCGGCAUGUCCACGGUGGACGAGUCGUUCUCGAGUUCCGAACGCGACUACGACAUCUCGAAAGACCCUAUGGCCAUGUCGUUCACGCCUAGCGAUUUCGAGGCGGCGUUCGACAAGGACGUCGACUUGAACGCCGUGCACAAUAUCAGCAAUAUCGACUUGGAGGACAAGCACUGCAUCAUCGAGGAGGAAGUACCCGCUGCCCAAUCGCCGGAACUACACCCCGAGCUGACGAACCUGGCUUCUCCGGAAGCUGAACAGCCAACGCACACGCCUGCCUUCCCCGGGGAGCCCGCCGAGCUCGUGAACCUGUCCUCGCAGCAAGAGGACAGUGAAUCCACUUUCAUCGAGCACCCUGUUGCAGCGGACGAAUCGAAAACCACCGUCGACCUUUUGAACCUGCAGUCGGAGUCUUCACAGAUGGAGCAACAGGACGCGGCGAGAUCCGACCAUUCUCCGCUGACGGAGAAUUAUUCCGCAGAGUUCGAGUCGGAGAAGGAGGCAGUCUCCGUCUCCGUGGACAACGAGCAACUUCUGUCGCCUUCCAGCGCCGAGAUCGACGAAACGAAACCCAUGGACGAAACCAGCGAGGACGUCGUUCUCUCGGCAACCUAUUCGCAGAAGGAGCCAUGCGCCAAGGAGGCGGACACGCCUUCGUCGAUAUCACCGGUUCCGGACGCGUUGGAAACCGACUUUGUAACCUCGACGGAGAACGCGAACAUCUCCUCCUCCGCUCUGUGCGUCGACGCUCCGGAAUUCACGCCUGGGCAUCACAAUUUCCCCGCGUACUCCACGGAAACCGAUGAAGUUUGUCAAUCGUCCGCUCUUAUAGAUACUAGCGACGUUUGUAAACUACCUUCCACGGAGACGAACGACGUUUGCGAAUCACCUCUCUUAGAAACGCGCGACACUUGUCAAGCCACUCUUAUAGAAAUUGACCAAGUUUGCAGAUCCCCUACCGUAGAAAAUAUCGACGUUUGUCAGUCUCCUCCCGUAGAAUCGAACGACAUUUGCAAAUCCCCUGCCAUGGAAACGCACGAUAUUUGUCAAUCUCCUUCCGUAGAAAUGAACGAUGUUUGUCAACCACCUUCCGUAGAAACGAGCAACGUUUCCCACCUCUCUCUCAUAGAAACCAGCGACAUUUGCGAAUCGUCGACUCUUGUAGAAACUAGUAGCGUUUACCAAUCCUCUUUCAUAGAGACCAGCAACGUUUAUCAAUCAUCUCUUGUAGAAACGAACGACGUUUGUCCAUCGCCCACGAAAACGGACGAUGUUUGCGAGUCGCGUCCCGCGGAGGCUGAAGAUACUUGCAAGCUCGUUCCACAAAAUUUGGACUCGUGUACACAGCCUGCUGAAGAGAAACCUGUCGAACAGGCGCAGGACAACUUGCUGGACCUCGUCGAGGAGCAAGAAGUAUGCGUGACGAAGGAGAUCGCGAUCGAACCAACUCCGCCUCCUUCGCCACAGAAUUCGGAAGAGAAGGUCGCGCAAAACGUCGACGAUAUGAUCUGUUCCAUCAAGUCCGCCCUCGAGGAGAAAACCGACGCUGUCGUGGAGUCGAAGAACGAGGCACCGAUAGAGACGAACACCUUCGAGAUCGCGACGCAAGCGGUGGAGGAGCCAGCGAAGGAAGCUGUUCCGAACCUGUUGCUGGAAUCCGCGCAGGAGUCGACGGACUCGGAAUGCCCGUUGCCACCGAAACCGGAAGACACUCUGUUCAGCACCGAGCCAAAGUUACGAGAAGAAGUUCCACAGAAAGAGACAACAUCGACCGUCACCGAAGACCCGGAGAAACCGUUGGAGUCUGUGGAAUGUAAAAUGGAGGAAUGUAAAAUGCAGGACGAGAAGAAAGCGGAGGAAGUUCUUGUGGAGGUGAAAGAACCCGAAAUAGAAAAGGCUGUGGACGUUGCAGAGAACAAAAUGGCGGAAGCGGCAGCAGCAACGGCGGUUGCUGCAGCCGUGGCCGUCACGGGUGCGGUUAUAAUUCAGAACAAAACGAAAACCACCGCCGCCAAGUCUGCGAAACCGACGAAAACCACGGCGACAAAGACCGGUCAGAAAUCAACGCCGACGUCUCCCUCGAAAACUGUGUCUUCCACGACGAGAACGCUCGUCGCAGCGGCGAAGAAGCCAACGACGACCGCCACGGCUCGCCCGAAGGACCUCGAUGCUCCGAAGAAGACUACUGUCUCCAGCACAGCGUCCAGCAAAGCGCCAAGUUCAAAGCCGUCCCCGAAGACGACCAGCAGCGCGACUUCCGUGACGAAAACCGCGACCAGAACGAGCGGCGGUCUCGCCGCGAAAACAAAACCAGCCGUGGUCGCCGCGAAGACGACCGUCGGCGAGAAGAAACCCACGGCAAACGGGGACGUGAAAGCUCUGGUCAAGUCGACCGUCGCGGCCAAACCGCCCGCCAGCAAGCCACCGCCGAUAACCAAGACUUCCACAGCGCCGAAAACUUCGACCAUGCGAACAGUGACCGGGACGACGACGACGACGAAAGCAAGACCGGCGACAGCCGCUGUGGCGGCCAGCAAACCAGCCGCGACCACGAGAACCGCUUCCAGCGUGACCUCGACGACCACCUCGCCCAGCACGAGGCCCAAGACGGCUCCGGUUGCCGGAAACGCGAUGAAACCCCGCACGUUGACCGCAGCGAAGUCCCCGAUCAUCGACAAACAGGUGAAGGAAACGGCCAACAAACAAAUCUCCAUGGGACGGUCCAGAACCGUCGCGAAGACGAGUCGUGCUUCCGCUCCAGCCGCCACCACCACGGCGAAACGCGUGUCCUCGACGACGAAAACCGCGCCGACGAUGCCCUCGCCCAUCAAGAAGGCCACCGCGACGAAGAUCACCGGCAGAGCCUCGUCGAUCGCCGGGAAAACGACCACCGAGAAGGAGAAGGUACUGCAGAACGGCGUGUCGGAGAAGGUGGAGAUAAACGCGAUCAUCGACGACGUGCCGAAGAAGGACCUCUCACCGGUGGUCACACCGAACGAUAAUCAGCUGAUCAUGAGCUCCGAUUGAAUCCGCGGCGAGACACGAGCGCCGCGUUCGACCAUUACUUUUCUAAUAUCGUCGAUCGUAAAAGGAUAAAUCCUUGGUCGUCGAACGAAUCUGGCUGGUCGGCCAAAGUAGUUCAUUAGAGAAUAUAUAACGAAUAUAAUAUUUUAGCGGACGAUCCGGAUACGUUCGACGCGUCGAGAGUUCUUCGUUAAUCGGAAGGAGUUUUUACUAAUAACUAGCGUAAAGUAUAAAAGAUAAUAUAUUAAUGUGUAUAUGUACCGAUGAAAUAACGAGUCCGUUUAUCUAUACUGGCAAAAGAGAGAAAGAGUGACUGAUAGAUAGUGAGAAAGAGAGAGAGAGAGAGAGAGAGAGAGAGUGAGUUGAGCAUACGUUUAAAAAAAAAAUAACAAAAAAAAAAAAUACAUGCUAUAUCGCUUCAGAACUGCUUCGGUCGUACUGGUAAAACCAGGUGUCUCGCUAGGAAGUGGAGGGGGGGUUAAUGAUGAGGAGGAGACGGGUGAUUUUGCUAAAAGGAGAUAUCGGUUGAAUUUGUAAAUAAAUCGUACGCGUUUCAAACUGGUCUCUGAGAUUACCAGAAAAAUGUCCACUUGGUGCUGUAACUGGCCUGCAAAA